AAUACGAUUAAAAAUUAAAUGUUUACAAUGUAACAUACACAAGUAAAAUCCAAUUAAAACAAAACAAUAUAAAUCUUUUUUAGUAAAAAUGUUGAUUAGAUCAUUAGAAACAACCUUCUUCCAUAUCGCUAUACCAAUCUCUCAUUUGUGGUAUAUGUUUCUUUUGAACAUCAUAUCUUAUGAUUUUACUGGAAUAAUAAUUGAGUAACCUUGUAUUUUAAGUGAAGCUUGAUAAUUUAUGCAUCCCUUCCCUGUAUAGUUGUUCAUCACUUAACAAUUUAUUAUCCCAUCCCUACCUAAUAUUCCUUCUUUUCCCUCCACAACGUCAUGUGUCGCUAUUACUUUCAUCUAUCCCUCUGCCACCUCCUGCAUUUCUCUCUUCUCUUCUCAUGGGCGGUGCGGUGGGCCAAGCUACGUACGCUAAAAGUUGUCCCUUUCCUCCUCGAUUGACCAUUGUCAAUUCCGUUAAGGAGAUGCUGAUUACAGUUUCCCUUCCAUCUAUGACUAUGGUCAUGAAACGCCAUUAUUAGAUUUCUAGUACUGCAGCACCAGUCUUCAACAAUUUUGCUUUAACCACAUCUCUCUUCUUCUUAUUUCCUCUCUAAGCUGUACACGAUUUACACGUCGUUAUCAGGAGGAAGCCCACAAAUGAAGGGCAGGGGGUCCUCUGUUUUGGGACAGAUGGAAGAAAGGGGUUAUAAAAUGAAUAACUUAAUUUUGAUUUCAAAGUUCAAACUCGAUCGACAGUGACAAAAAGAUAAGGAACCUUUACACCUGCGAGCUGCCAAGUAGCGGUCUUGUGUUGUAUAAAAUGCCAACCCAUAUGCAGUUGAGCUGUGACUCUGCUGCUCCCUCUGCUCCACUCCUCAGUCCCAAGUUAAAAAAAAUGCUCCACACAAAAGAAAGCAUAUAAUGCUCUACUGAAAUAUCAUCCCCUCUCAGCUUAGUCUCGUCUCGUUAACACCUAAUUCCUCUGCUUCUCUUCCAAUGGGAACUAACUCAGUUCUCAAGCAGCUCUGUUUCUGCUGCUGCUUCUUCUUCUUCUUGCUGGCGGUUUCAGAGGGCACAGUGACAUACGACGGGAAAGCCAUUCUCAUCAAUGGGCAGAGGAGACUUCUCAUGUCCGGAUCCAUUCACUAUCCCAGAAGCACCCCUGAAAUGUGGGGAGAUCUCAUUCAGAAGGCCAAAGAUGGAGGCUUGGAUUGCAUUGACACUUAUGUCUUCUGGAAUGGACACGAGCCUUCUCCUGGCAAGUAUAAUUUUGAGGGAAGAUACGACUUGGUAAGGUUCAUUAAGACGAUUCAGAAAGCUGGUCUCUAUGUUCAUCUUCGCAUUGGGCCUUAUGUUUGUGCUGAAUGGAACUUUGGGGGAUUUCCAGUUUGGUUGAAGUAUGUUGAUGGCAUAAGCUUUAGAACCGACAACCAGCCUUUCAAGGCUGCUAUGCAAGGUUUCACAGAGAAGAUUGUUCAGAUGAUGAAGAAUGAGAAGCUGUUUGCUUCACAAGGUGGACCAAUCAUCCUUUCUCAGAUUGAGAACGAGUAUGGACCAGAUAUAAAGGCUUAUGGGGCAGCUGGUAGAGCUUACAUGAACUGGGCUGCUAAAAUGGCUGUUGGAUUAGACACUGGAGUUCCAUGGGUAAUGUGCAAGGAAGAUGAUGCUCCUGAUCCUGUGAUAAAUGCAUGUAAUGGCUUCUACUGUGAUGAUCAUAGGCCCAACAAGCCUUACAAGCCUGCAUUAUGGACCGAGGCUUGGAGUGGCUGGUUUACUGAGUUUGGAGGUCCGAAUCACCAAAGACCAGUUGAAGAUCUGGCAUUUGGAGUUGCUCGAUUCAUCCAAAAGGGUGGCACAUUUAUCAACUACUACAUGUACCAUGGAGGCACGAAUUUCGGGCGAUCUGCUGGAGGACCUUUCAUCACAACAAGUUAUGACUAUGAUGCUCCAAUUGAUGAGUAUGGCCUGAUUAGGGAACCUAAAUACAGCCAUCUAAAAGAGCUUCACAAAGCUAUCAAACUGUGUGAAAGUGCAAUUUUAUCCUCUGAUCCAAAAGUGACUUCCUUAGCAACUUAUCAACAGGCUCAUGUGUUCUCAGGCCAGGGAAAAUGUGCAGCCUUUCUUGCUAACUACCAUAUGAAGUCUUCUGCUAAGGUGACUUACAACGGCUUGCACUAUGACUUGCCUCCUUGGUCCAUCAGCAUCCUUCCUGAUUGCAGACAUGUAGUCUUCAACACUGCAACGGUUGGAGUUAAGACAUCAAAUGUCCAGAUGUUGCCAACCGGUACUAGAUUGAUGUCGUGGGAGACUUAUGAGGAAGAUAUCAAUUCUGUCGAGGACAGCUCGAGGAUGACGGCUCGUGGACUGUUGGAGCAGAUCAAUGUCACUAGAGAUACGAGUGACUAUCUGUGGUACAUGACCAGCGUCCACAUCGGACCGUCAGAAUCGUUUCUCCACGGUGGACCUAAACCAAGCCUCAAUGUGCAGUCAGCUGGCCAUGCCCUCCAUGUUUUUAUCAAUGGACACUAUUCUGGAUCGGCCUUUGGGACUAGAGAAAACAGAAAGUUGACGUUCAAUGGACCAGUCAACUUGCACCAUGGAACAAACAGAAUUGCAAUGCUCAGUGUAGCAGUUGGCUUACCGAACGUCGGACCUCGAUUCGAGACAUGGAAGACCGGAAUCGAAGGCCCCGUUAUGUUACACGGCCUCAACAAGGGCACUAGAGACUUGACGUGGCACAAAUGGUCCUACCAAGUUGGCCUGCGCGGCGAGUCACUCAACAUUGUCUCGCCAACUGGAGCCUCAUCGUCGUCGGUCGACUGGCUUCAUCAAGUUGCUCUAGCUUCGAAAGGGAGAAGACAUGAAGCUCUGAAGUGGCACAAGGCCUACUUUGAUGCACCUGGAGGGAACGAGCCGCUCGCUCUCGACCUGCGAAGCAUGGGGAAAGGGCAAGCUUGGAUCAAUGGGCAGAGCAUUGGGAGGUACUGGAUGGCUUAUGCGAAAGGCGACUGCAAUGGAUGUGGCUACGCUGGAACUUACCGCCCUGUAAGGUGCCAGCUCGGAUGCGGGCAGCCGACUCAGCGAUGGUAUCAUGUCCCGAGGGCAUGGCUGAAGCCUAGAGGGAACUUGCUGGUUGUGUUCGAGGAGCUUGGUGGCGAUGCGUCGAAGAUCUCUCUCGUUAAGAGGAGUGUGAAAUGAAGGUUGACUGCACUGGAAGGAACUGAGACUAUGGAGGAGAAGAUCCCACCAUAGGUGUAAUUAGGAAUUAUUUAUACACUUUGGCAGCCUAUGUGGAAGAAGAGGAAGAAGAAUAAGGGGCAGAGGUUUACAGGUCAGAGGAGUUUCAUUCAGUUCCAGUGUUACGAGGAAAUGUUUCAUUAGUUGUUCGAUUCUUGAAGUGUGUUUUUUUUGUAUAGUGAUGGCUCUGAAUUGACUAUGGGGCUCUCAAUGUACAAAAUCAAGAAAAUUCAGAUGUUGGAAUCCUUAUAACAAACACAUUCAACCAUCCAAAAUAGAAGCCAAAAGCACAACAACAGCAUCAACAGCUGCAAAAACACAGAGCAUUGAAGAAAAAGAAAGUAGUGAACCCUCAUUUUCGCUUAUAUCGAAUUCAUGAGGAAGCAUCUAUAGCCACAAAUGUUGCAGUUCAAUUGCAGUUGCUACCUAAUUCUCCAUUUCUCACGAAUGCCCCCUACCUUCACAUGAUCUUCCAAACUGCAGAGGCAGGGGGGAAAUAUUUAGAUAAAAUGAAUGCAUAAAGGCUUCAAGCAAGUGAUAAUCCAAGAAGAUAAACAGAUCAUGCCCAUUGCACUUCUCAAAUCUCUAUUCUGAACCCAUUACAAGACAAGAUUGGCAGCUCAAGAUUCAUCAAAUAUGUUUGCAGACUACAUGUGCACCAAUUUUGUUGGCUUAAGGGUUUCCAAACAUGGGGUUUUGAGUUUUGACCCAAUUCCUAGAUAUUGUAGAAAUUCAGCCCAAUUUUCACAUCCAACCGACCCAUAUGUUUACUUUCGCUGUUCUUCUAUGAAAAGUGCCAUGGAAAUGAGCAGUUGGCACUUGAGAGUUGAGAUUCUUUGACAAUGGAGAUAACAAACUUGUAAAGUACGAUAGCUAACUUCGUGAACUUAAUUACAGCGGUUCACACCAAUGUAACAUUCCAUGACAAAAAAAAAAUCCUUUCACAAAUGUGUCGCUUAUAUUUCGACUAUCAUCUUUUUUUUUUUAAAUCUUCUUUAUAAUAAUAGCACGAGAAUGCUAGGAUUUACAUAAUAUUUUGUUAUGUUUCAAUAUGUAAUUUCGAAAAAAAUAAAACACAACUAAAAUAAAAGGAUACACAUAGAUCCACCUGCAUCUUAUUAUUCCCCAGUUAUAACAAUGAAAUUGAGUCGGCUAAUGAAACAGUAAAAGGUAC